UGAUUCUAUUUUGAGUGAGUUAUGCUAAGAAUGAGCCCCACCUCCAGUUUUCAUUUGAGCUUGUACAUGAUGGCUAGUGACAGUGAGAAUGAACGCACGUUCAGGGACCGCUACCAGCAGAUCAAUGAAGCUCUCCUUUAUCCAGUAAAGAUGUCCCAGCUCCUUUACAACGUUAGCUGUAUCAGUGAGAAUACUUUAGACGAGACGGAAGCACCAAACAAAACCUCCGAAGAAAGAAGAGCUGUAUUGUUCAGGGCUCUGAAAUACGCUGUAGAAUUCGACGGAAGAAAGCUCAACCUGCUGGCUGAUGUCUUUUCACAGUUUGAAGAAACUUCCCUCCUUGCAACUCAACUAAGAGAUUCUGAUGUCGCUGACUCUGCAGAGAAAGAAGUGCCAAACCCACCAGAUUGGAGCAGAAAGACCUAUGAAGAGAGGGCAAGCUAUAUCCUAAGGUCGCACUACGGUAAACUCUCAGCACAGCUGGAAGACCCAAAGACGAUUGCAAAUGUUCUUUACGGUGGCAGGGUUAUAACAAAAGCCACCGUAAGUAAUGUCGAACAGCAGUCUCUUGCUGAAGAUUCUCGAGCUGUAUUGCUCAAGGCCGUUCGCAAUGCAGUCUCAAGAAACUACCGUCACCUAAAAAGUUUCAUUGACGCAUUGGAAAAGGCUGAAUAUGAUGAAUUAGUGGCAGAACUAAUGAAUGACUAUCAGCAAAUUGAUCGAAGCAGUUAUGCAAGCUCCAGGAGGGAAUCAAACAGCACAGUCUUAAAAGAAAUUAUAUCUGCUAAUGGAAAGUUCACUGGCAUACGAGCCAUUUUUGAUAAAUUAUUUAAAACCAUCUGUGAAAACGUCAAACUUCAUCGGUUCCCCUAUGAAGAUCUGAAGAAAUUCGUCAAAAAGUAUUCAGAUGGCUACCUUCCUCAAAUAUCAGAUUGUGUGACCAGUAAUGAUGUCCUUGAGCUAGUAUAUGACAAAUGUACAUUCAUGGAUAUCAACUAUCUAGAGGCUGUUGUUCGAGAAUUCAAAGUAAAAAGAGCUGUCGUACUUGUGCAGUGUUUUAAUACCAACAUUGAAGAGUUGUGCAAAUACGUGCCGGUCCGUGAUGUUCUGGAGGAGAAGUUUUUCCUAUCAAGAUCCAACCAACCUCUCAAAACUGAUUUGGCUAUCAAAAUGAUUAUAGACCAGAACCCAAACCACGUUACGCUUCAAUUCAUCAAAGAUGCCAUUUCUAGCUCGUUUGGUUCGCUAGCAAAAAGUGUUCAACUCGUCAACAUCAAAGAGAUUGAUGACAUGCUCCUGGUCACUUGCUUCUUUCCCAACUGCUUGUCAGCCUCUCUUCUUGUGCCAGAGUCAGCCAUGGAGCUAAUGCAGAGGAGAGGUCUGGUUGAACUGACAAUUGAUGGCAGCGUUUACUGGAAAAAGGAGAAGGACCAUAUCAUAAUACAAAGGACCAUUCCAAAUGACCAGCACCAAUUGGAAGAAGUGGUCAAGGAACUGGAAGAGAGUCAAAAAGAGUCAAGAAGGCUGUCCAUGGAAGUGAAGAUACUAAGAGGGGGCUUGACGCAUGAUAAUGACAAUGGAAUAGAAAUGCAAGAAACUGUUAUUGGAGAAGAUGAUGAUAAUACUGUUGAAAUGAAGGAUGCCGCUACUCAAGCCAAUAUUUGGAACAUUGGGAGGAAAAGGAUAAUAGUUGAGUUGCUCAAGGAAAGUUUAGAUCAGACCCUCGGGUUUAAAAUAGAAGAAGGACAAGGAGCAAUGUAUGAUGAUAAGGAACAUGCCGUGUUUAUUACAAAAAUAACUCCUGGUGGGCUAGCAGAGAAAGAUGGUGGACUAAAGGCUGGAGACUGCAUUGUUUCUGUUAAUGGGGUGAAUAUGACUACAAAAGCAGAGACUUUAGCUGCAUUAACAUCCACUGCAAGUCUGUACACAAUCAUUGCAAUAAGAGAAUCGAUGUUAGAAAACACAAAUACAGAGCAAAGCCAGUGCUCAUCACCAAGCCUGGAGAGAAAAAACAAUCUAGUCAUAAGGAGACCAAUCAAGUAUCGUCCAUCAGCGCCAAGUUUUGCGAUGAAUCUCAAAAGAUGCUCCUCAUUACCAGUGGCUAUCAGCAAUGCUCAGGCAGUAUUGUAUAGAAACAAGGUUAUUGUUGGUGGGCAAGAUGUACCCACUGGAGCGGAUUAUAUACUGGAGUAUGACAUUAGAGCCGAUAACUGGCAGGUCUUCAUUAAAAGUCCUGUCCACUUGUUUGCUUUGACCGUCUUUCAAAACCAGCUCCUAGUAGUUGGUGGAUUCGACUUCAAUCAACAAAAAUAUUCAGCUCGAGUUUACUCCUUGUACAUCAAUGAGCGAAACCAUUUUCUACGCGACGAUAUCAUUCCUCCUAUGCUAACAGCUCGUGCACAGGCUAGUGUUGCAAGCCAAGAUCAAAAUAUUGCAGUAGCUGGAGGAAGAGAUGCGAAAUCCAACCUGCGAUCCAUUGAAGUGUUUCAUGCACCAACUGCACAAUGGCACACUGCUCAUUCUUUGCUUGGUGGCCGAAGCUCAAUGAGAAGCAUUCUACAUAAAGGAAGCUGGUACUUGCUAGGGGGAAAUAUGGAUCCGAGUGUUCGAUCAAAGAACGUGCGAUUAAAAUUAAAAAUGUUAGCUAGCUCUGCACUUCAAAAGUAUGGUAGCAUUUCGUAUAUGAAGACCAUUCAGAAACCUGGCAAUGGUGAAGGAGCACACUCAGCAGUUGCUACAAUUAAUGACAUGAUCGUUGUCAUCGGGGCAGGAGGGACAAGGAAGAUAUACUCGCUCUGCAGAGAGGAAGAUCCAAUCUCAUGGAUUGAACUUGGGGAGUUGCCAAUAGUUUUAAUGGAAUCAUGUGCAGUUACAUUGGAAGAUCGGGUUUUGCUGAUAGGAGGAAAAGACGAAUAUGGAGGGAAUACUAAUUCAGUUUAUUUGAUGUCCUUACAGACAAAACUGGCAUAAAAUCAAAGUGUAUAACAAUAAUAAAAAUUAUUAUUUAAUUUUAUUUUAAUUCAUCCUCAAUAAGGCUCAAUUCCUCAUUUAUUAUUAUAAUCAUCCUUAUUUAGAUGUCUAUAUUCUA